CACUUGGGCGGAAGAGCCGGCCCAGGAGCGGAGUCCGGGGCGCGCGGGAUGUCUGCUGGUCCUCCCUGCCGCCUGGGGACGCCUCCUCCGCGGUCGGGGGCGGGGCCGGAGGGAGCCGGGCGCGAGGGGGAGGAGGAGGGGGAGGGGGAGGAGGGCAAGAUGGCCACCCUGGUGCUGGAUAACGGCGCCUACAACGCCAAGAUCGGCUACAGCCACGCCCACGUCAGUGUGAUUCCCAACUGUCAGUUCAGAUCAAAGACAGCUCGCUUGAAAACAUUCACAGCUAACCAACUGGAUGAAAUUAAAGAUCCAUCUGGACUUUUUUAUAUACUACCUUUCCAAAAGGGAUAUUUGGUAAACUGGGAUGUCCAGAGACAGGUCUGGGACAAUCUUUUUGGAAAAGAAAUGUAUCAGGUAGACUUUGUUGAUACCAACAUCAUAAUCACAGAACCGUAUUUCAACUUCAGUUCAAUUCAAGAGUCCAUGAAUGAAAUACUAUUUGAGGAAUAUCAAUUUCAAGCAGUUCUCAGAGUAAAUUCUGGGGCUCUUAGUGCCCAUAGAUACUUCCGAGAUAAUCCAUCAGAACUGUGUUGCAUCAUUGUGGAUAGUGGGUAUUCUUUUACUCACAUUGUGCCUUACUGCAGAAGUAAAAAAAAGAAAGAAGCAAUUAUAAGGAUAAAUGUUGGAGGAAAACUAUUGACAAACCACCUGAAGGAGACAAUCUCAUACAGGCAACUGCAUGUUAUGGAUGAGACCCAUGUGAUUAAUCAAGUGAAAGAAGAUGUAUGCUAUGUCUCACAAGACUUUUUCAAGGAUAUGGAGAUUGCCAAAUUGAAAGGGGAAGAAAAUACUGUAAUGAUUGACUAUGUUUUACCAGACUUCAGCACAAUCAAAAAAGGCUUUUGUAAGCCAAGGGAAGAAAUGGUGUUAAGUGGAAAAUAUAAAGCCGGUGAACAAAUACUUCGUCUUACAAAUGAGCGAUUUGCUGUUCCAGAGAUACUGUUUCAUCCUUCAGAUAUUGGUAUUCAAGAAAUGGGAAUUCCUGAAGCCAUAGUUUUUUCAAUCCAGAACUUGCCAGAAGAAAUGCAACCUCAUUUCUUCAAAAAUAUUGUUUUGACUGGAGGAAACACACUAUUUCCUGGCUUCAGGGACCGUGUUUACUCUGAGGUCCGGUGCCUUACUCCAACCGAUUAUGAUGUUUCUGUUAUUCUGCCAGAGAACCCUAUUACCUAUGCCUGGGAAGGUGGAAAGUUGAUUUCUGAAAAUGAUGACUUUGAAGAUAUGGUUGUAACAAGAGAAGACUAUGAAGAAAAUGGACAUUGUAUAUGUGAAGAGAAAUUUGAUAUUUAAUAGGACCAGAUGUGUAUUGACACCAUUCAACUAGCAAGUUUUCUUGAGCCAUAAAUGGGUUCUAGAUCUUAUAAACCUCAAACCAUUUUAUGAGCAGAACAGUUGGUUUUGUAAUAUCAUGCUCAUUUUUAACUCAGUAAUUUAUUCAUUUGUCAUAUAACUAGUUAUUACAGUCUGGGGGAAAGGUGAAAACCUCUGUAUAAAGAUCAGACUCUAUUGAGGUCAUUGUUCACAUUCAUGGCCCCAGUUGAACCUGUGCAGUCUUUUUAAACCUUGUAUAAUACCAACAAUACUGUCUCCUUGUACAAGUAUAGGCACAAGUGUGCCGCAUUUUCCUUCUUCAGUGUCCAUUAGUAAGCCCCACUUAGCCACUGUUGUUUCCCACUCCCAUGUGACAGGCAACUUGAUCAUGCUCAUCUUCUUUCUGAGAGUUUGUUUAGCCUUUAGCUCUGUCAUUGGGGCUAGGCAGGCACAGGCAAACUUGGGCCCUCCUGGUGUUUUUGGACUGCCGGCUGUUAGGAAUUUUGGGAGUUGAAAUCAAAAACACCAGGAGGUCUGAAGUUUCCCCAUGCCUGGGUUAGGUGUAGGAAGGCAAUAGAAAGCUAAGUGGAGGUGCCAAUCAUGCUGCCUUGAUCUGGGGAGGCUGAUGAAGUUUGCCAGUUGGCUGCUGCCCUUGUUGUCUUUUGUAUGUCUUUUGCUAUACUCUGUGCUUUCUCAGGUAGAGAAUAUUUUGGUUAAGCUUCUUAUUGGAGCAACUUAAGAACAACAAAAAAUACCUCCACUGAAAUAAUUUCAGUGACUUUAUUUUUGUUAAUAGAUAACAAUGUAAACAACACAACAUCUGGUUACUUGAAAGACUACCUUCUCCUUUACAUAUGCAUUUGGUGCUUGAGGUCAUCUGGAACAUUCCCAUGGCAAAACAAGUUCCUGAGAUUUGCUCUUCUGUGUUCAAAGUAGAGCUCUUAGGAUUUUCACAUUUCCUGUUGUAUGUACAUAUUGAAGAUAUACCUACUUUUGCAUGCCUUCCAGAAUAGUUCUGCCCACCAUGCAUUUUAUUCUUAAGAAUAAUGCAGAUACUAUAUAUUGAUGUCAUGCAUUUUAUACUGUACAAUUAUUUUAUACUAAUAAAAAACAAAUGUCUUGUGAGAAAACUGAA